AUGGCAAAUAAAGUUACGAAGGAAUCUUCCGGAAAUAUUUACAGAUCAGUUGCAGCGUGCAAAAGGUGUAGAAUUAGAAAGAUAAAGUGUGACAAUAAGUUCCCAUCAUGUACGAAGUGCAUUCAGGCACAGGAACCAUGCAUAACUAUUGAUCCCAGUACGCGAAGAGAAAUUCCACGUUCUUAUGUUGUAUAUUUAGAGGAUAAAGUUCUGGCUUUGGAAGAAUUGCUUGAGAAGAAUGGCAUCGAUCCAGAGCACGCAAACGGCAAUAUUCCAGCCACUAGUGAUGAUAAAGCAUGCGACAUUGGCCUGUUUGAGGAAAGGGAAAGGUUAAGAGGUAAGCAUAAGUUGCCCAAUGGCAAUGAGAUGGCAGGCUUUAUAAUCAAUAAAGGUACUUCGAUGUUGAAUGGAAUAGUAGAUAACGCCCGAGAUUUGAAAGAUGCCAGCAAUCAAUUUUCCAAGGUUGGCAUAGUCAAGCAAAAGAUAGAACACGAAGCUGAUAUGGAGGAACCCUCUGCAUCUUAUCUUGGUGAUUCGAGUGGCAUCUCGUUCGCCAAAAUGAUGUUCACAGCUGUUAAGUUCAGACCUGAUGUACUACCGAAAGAUGAAAAAAACAGUGCAGGUGGUACCGCUCAUAAGAUACCAAGGUUUACAAAAAAACAAUCUCUUAAAAUACCGUCAAAAUCUCAAGCUGAAGCAAUGAUAUCAGACUAUUUUACCGCUUCGAAUUCUCAACUUCCAAUCUUACAUCGGGAACUAUUUUUACAGAAGUAUUUCAAGCCCAUUUAUGGCUCACUUUCGCCUCAUGUAUCUUGGGCUUCUGACCACACAAAGAUUAAUGAUAUAUUUCAAAUUCCUGAGGCGUUCAAUCCAGUAGAAUUCAAACAAACGUUGGUUUCAUACCUCGAAGAAAAUCCUGAUGCAGACAAGAUUCCUGUUGAAUACCAUCAGCCGUUUUUCUUUUUGAACAUUGUAUUUGCAAUUGGGCUUUCUACAAAAAUUUUGAUUAAUACCGGAUUUGAUCACCGGUUGUUCAAAUUUUGUGCUGAUCAAUAUCAAGACAGUCUUUACACGUCAAAAACUAAUCGGCUCGAAGCUUUGCAAGGACUCUUGUUGAUUGCUGUAUAUUCUUUGAUGAGACCUACGGUUCCUGGGUUGUGGUACACUCUUGGAUCUGCUAUUAGAUUAUGUGUGGAUCUGGGUCUACACGCUGAAAAACUCAACAAAAACUAUGAACCUUUUAUAAGAGAUGUUCGUAGGCGGCUUUUCUGGUGUUGUUACUCAAUGGAUAGGCAGGUAUGUGCAUAUUUUGGAAGACCUGUCAGCAUUCCUGAUGUAAAUGUGACAACUAUGUUUCCAAGCUCCCUAGAUGAUGCGUUGAUUACCACUGCAGAAGAUAAUGUCAGAGAUUAUUCGUCCCCGUCACUAGUUAACUCUGACCCAACUUACAAAUCUGUAUGUCUAUCGAUGUUCCAAAUAAGAAAAAUACAAUCAGAAAUUGUGCAAAGAAUGUAUGCUCCUAACGCAACCAUUCCUGAUGAGUUUUUAGAUUUAGAAGAUUGGAGGAUAGCUAUCCUUAAUCAACUAGAUGUUUGGUUUCAGAGAGUUAUCCCAAAGACAUCCAUACAGAUGAACUGUUCAUUUCCGAUAGACUUCUUUGCUCUAAAUUAUCACUAUACAAAGCAUAUUUUGUAUGGUUUAUCUCCUAAAUGUCCUACCCUGAACAAUGCUGGUUUCAUUGUUGUGUACGAGAGCUCCAUGGAUAUCGCUAAUAUAAACUACAAAUUAACUCUAGAGAAAAAAUUGAAUUAUACUUGGGUAGCCAUUCACAAUGUGUUCAUGUGCGGUAUGACUUAUCUGUACGUGAUAUAUCACACGAAACAAUUUGACGAUGCUAUUCCAACAAAAUUCGAGGAAAUAUGCAACAAAAUUCUUCUUGUCUUAGUGUCUCUCUUUGAUAAGUGUUCAGCCGCCAAUAAUUGCCAUAAGAUUUUUAAAGUGAUGUCCUCAGUAAUACUCAAAUUGAAAAUGGAAGCUAUGGGUCAGAAUUUUUCCCCCCAUAAUGAAAGCAUUAAAGCGCAUCCGGAAACUCCGCUGAACUUUUUAGGGAACGACUCUUUACAACAAUUCUUUGAUGAAAUGAACAGAAACCCACCCUCUACAGAGAGCAUGCAAUCUCAUACCUCGCCCAUAUCGCCAAGUGUGAGCGAUCAGCAAACUAGAUUUCAAAGAGAUGGUACCCGUUUCUUUGAGAUGGUUCAACAGCUUGGAGGUGAAUCUAUCUGGGGCGAAUUUUUCAGUAAUUCUAAUUCGUUUGAAAAUCUUUAA